UAACGAUGGAACAACUUUAUAAGAGACCUUAUUUCCGCGCGAUAAACCACUUUUCUAGCCGAGUGGGGUGGAAAUAAGUGCUAUCGCCGACAAUCGUUUCAGCAUGAAGAAUCUCCUUCGCAUCCUCGUUUUCCUUAUCGGUGUGAUACAUAUCACCAUCGCCUCACCUUUGGACUUAUCAACACCCAUUGAGUCCAUAAGAGAAUCAACAACAGAAAUUCCAAAUUUGAUGGCUCAACCACCAGUGGAAAUCGAGACUCCAGCAAGCAAAUCAAACUCGUCAGAGACAACCCUACCACCUAAACCAUCGCCAACAGUAACGACAGAAUCAACUGAACAAACCACACGAGAACUAUCUACAGCACCGACACCAGAACCGACUGAAAAGUCAACUGAAGGACCAGAACCAGAAACAACACCACAGCCAACAGCAGAACCGACGGAAGGAUUAACUGCAGAAGUAACAGCAGAACCAACGGCAGAACCAACUCCGGAAUCUACUGAAGAACCAACUGAGAGGUCAACAGAAGAACCGAUAACAAAAGCAACAACAAAACCAACUGAAGUACAGACGACAGAACCAACUCAGAAAUCUACUGAAAAAGAAACAGUAGAACCAACGGAAGGGUCUACUGAAGAAGCAACAGAGAAAACAACUCAGCAAUCAACUGGAGAACCAACGGCAGCACCAACUCAGGAAUCAACUGAGGAACAAACAGUAGAACCGACGGAAGAGUCAACUGAAGAAGCAACUGAAGAACCAACUGAAGAACCAAUACCGGAACCAACACCUCCGGAAGAAUUUUGUAUUGGCGAGUGUCCAGAAGAAGAUCCACCUUUGGGUGUCUAUCUUCGCCACGAAAACUGCAAUCUGUUCUGUCAAUGUAGUCAUGGCGAGGCUAACGUCAUCCCCUGUCCUCAUGGAUUGCAGUUCAAUGCAAAAUACAAGGUCUGCGAUUGGCCAGAGUCUGCUAACUGUACUGGUAAUGGUGGCAUUGAAGUUCCUCAGGUACUACUUGUAGUUUAACCAAAUAAAAUUAAAGAGCAUAUUGAAACAUAUGAAAUUAGGCAGAAGAUAUUUGUAUUUAAUUUUGUUUUUAAUGGUCAUUAAGAAGACAAAAAUGAAUUAGAAGUAAAAAUGUUUAUUAUUUUUUAUUUACACCACCAUAAAAUAUGCAAAUAUGACUGUUCGUAUCAGAAAUUUUAUAUUGUAGUUGUACUUGAAUCCUUUUCAUACUUGCCUUAUAUAAUAUGUGAAAAAUUAAUAAAGCAAAAACGACAAAAAUGUAACUAUUGAAUAAACAUAAAAAUGCAAGCUUUACACUUGUAUAGUGAUUCAUUAAUAUUACAUCGAUGAAUGUGAAUGUUAAAAAAUUUAAAAAAUACAAGGCGAUUCAAAAAUCCUGUAUUGUAAUAAAAAUUUCAUUGACUAAACAUUAUGAAAAGCAUGGGUAAAUGAUUCACAUAAGGUAGAUAAUUAAUUUUUGGUACAUUAAUUUUAUUAGACAAACAUAAUAUAAGUAAAUGAUUUUCAAGUUAACUACAAGUAGAAGAUAAUAAAACAUUGGUGUUUCUCUGUACCCCACUAAACGAUGAUAUGUUCAAACUUGUCAAUGGAUUUCUUCUGAUGUCUAAUAAUUGUACAUGAUAGUGACGCCUCAAUUUAACAAAUCCCAGGUCCUCAAUAAUAUUGUCGCUUACAUUUACAUGCACAAGACUAUACAAAUUUGACACAUUUUGAUCCAAGUCCAAUGAUUUGAGCAAAUUAUUUGAUAAAUUCAGCUCGACUGCAUUUUUGAAGUUUUUCAUCAUGUGGUUAGGUAACUCUUUAAGUAAAUUACCACUAAUUGAAAGAUAUUUUAUACGUGUAUUGAAAAUCGAAUAAAUAAACACCUCAGCCA